CGCUACUGUAGAAACAGCUUUCAAGGGCAUUGACUUGGUCUCGUUCCAAUUGGCUCUCUUGCAUAUCACAUAAACAUCGAAGAACAUUAGAAUUCCAUUAGAGCUUGGAUUUAACUUCUAUCCAAUGCGCCCCUCAUUUCGACAGCUCCAACAUGCCUGCCGUAUCACACUCUUUACCCGCAUGAACUGCUCACUCUGCACGAACGCAAAGCAGACCCUCUCCAAUGUCUGGGACGUGCGGCCCUUUCAUUACACGGAAAUCGAUGUUAUGAAGCCAGAGGCGAAGAAAUGGAAAGACCUGUAUGAGUUUGAUACACCCGUGGUUCACAUCAGCAGCUCGAAAUUGGGGGAGGAAGAUCCUGCUCAGUCGGCAAAGGCUUUUAAGCUGAUGCACCGCUUUACGGCAGAUGAGAUCAAGGCAAAGAUGGAUUUUGCCGAAAACAAAGAUGGAAGUGGCGUUGACUGAAGAGAGGGGGAUCUCAAAUCUGAGAGAGCAUCAGCGGGUCAGCAUCAAUUUGCAGGGUUUCCAGGGGAAUUGGACAGCUUUGGACCUGGGUAUGUUUGAGCAGUGAUGUACUUUAACGACUGUGGGCGUAUAUAGAACAGAGUACGAGGGUCUAAUAUUCGAUGCGAAAACUUUACGCCAGUAUCUGUUUGUACAUAUAUCUUCAGAAUCCAGCAGACGACUGGCGGUAUUGCAUUAUCAUGACAUCAUGCUACACCCACAUGUAUUGUUAAGCACCGUUGUACUUCAAAAAAUUCUCGCCUCGAC